AUGGAUUUCCUCGACCCAAGUCCUACUGUUUUCCCGAUGGUUCAUCCUUCGCAAAUUCCGCUUCCUCUAAACCAAUAUGACCCUCCGCCAAGUCAAUUUGCUACUGACCAUGACGGAGAAUCGAUUCCAGAGUUGCAAAAAGAUUCAGGGUCGAUGGUGAAGAAACUCUUUAAGAGUCGAAAACAACUCUUGGAAACUCCUGUCAAGAAAGUUCCCAUCUCGAAACCCCGAACAACAAAAACAAAGAGGGUUUCGCAAGAACAAUUUGGAGAAAUUAGUUUUGACGAUGCCCCACUCAGGGUUAUUGACAAAUCAAAAGGGAAAUUGGAUGUAGCUGUGAUGAAAUGUUGUGCAGGAAAGCUGUUCUGGACGUUUGAAGAAGGUAAAAUGAUUCUUAAAAUGUGUAACCGAUGUGUGGACCUCAAUAGAGGUUAUGCAAGAAUUUUAAAUUGA